UUUAAUUUAAUUUUGCUUUUUGUUUACAUUUCUAGAGUGGGUUUUUUUUUAGACAUGACAGAGACACACUUAUAUUUACAUUAUUUAACAUUUAACAACUGGGUCUUUUGAGUAUGGCUGGAUGUUGGGAUUACAAAUAAACAAACCAAACAAAAACAAAACAAAAAUUUUUUUUUAGAAGGGAAGUCGGGGAUUUUUUUUUUCCUGGCCUCUGUCUCUUUAAUAAACUCACACGUUAUCUAGUAUAACAAAUGUCUAGCUGCCAUCAUCAAGUCCAGCCGAGGCGGGAGGGAGGGAGGAGUUUUUUUUUCCUCUCUUUCUUUCUGGUUUUUUUUUUUUUUUUUUUUUUUUUAUAAUGUUCAGUUUGUUCUCGGGAUCGAUGGUCCGCCAGCAUCGCCUCCCCGUGUCUCAACCAAGCAAACCUUCUUUCUGUCCUCACACGUUUCCCUCUCUAACCGAAUCCGGCGUUUUUGACAGGCGCUCGUCCUUUUGAAGAAAAAAAAAAGGGAAAAACGGAAAGAAAGAAAAAAGAAAGGUGGAUCUAUAUAUAAAAAAGGAAAAAAGAACAGAUCGGAGGAGGCAAAAGGAAAAAGAAGAAGAAGAAGAAGAGACCCCCCCCCCCCGUCCUGACACCUGAUUUGACAAGACAGAAGCGGUCUCAGAUACUGGGAUUCUACUAGAGGAGCACAGGAGUGCGGUCCAUGCGCUUAGAUCACAAGCGUGGCUCUUCCUCUUCCCCUUCUUCUGGUUUGUUUGUUUGUUUGUUGGUUUCUUCUUCCAUUUGCCUCCUCUUCUUCUUCUUCGUUCACGGACUAUUCUGAAAAAAAAAAAAAGCUGAAGUCGACACCUAUACGCGUUCGAACUCCCGAGUUGAGAAAAUGCCGAGGAGGAAGCAGCAGGCGCCCCGGCGGGCUGCGGUGUAUGAGCCAGAUGACGAUGUUGGUGCCCCUGAACCAGUGGCAGAAGAGGAGGAAGGAAAUGACAUGCAGAACGAAGAUGAGGGCUCUGAAAAGAUUAGCUCUAAGAUUCUUGAUGACAAGGAAACUGACAACAAGAGUAGCUACAGCUUCCAGAAUUCUCCUGUCAGUGUCUUGUCCAACCAGGAGGUUGAUCUGGAGUCCCGUCUGAGUGACGGCAGUGACAGACUCUCUGACUUCAAGGCUUCUUCCCCACCAGAAAGCCUGAGAAACAAUGAGAAUCAUGUUUCAAAGCCAAAAGACGAAAUGUACAGUAGCCUUGAGAAAAUGAGAGCAACUUAUGUCAACUUCCUCUCCGACUCCUACUGGACAAAUAUUGGACUAGACCUAAAAGUUGGAAACACCGGCAACAAGCCAAACUGCGACAGCUCCAAUGCAAGCGCUAAGCGUGAGUUUGACUGGCAUCAGGAUGCACUGUCCAAAACCUUACAGCAAACAUUGUCCCCAAAACCUGUAUCAAAGCCCAAUCUGUUCAGCUCAGUGCACCUGUACAGGCAAAGCAGCAAAGCGUGUGGUACAGUCUUUACAGGGGCCAGUCGCUUCCGCUGCAAAGACUGCAGUGCAGCAUAUGACACAUUGGUGGAAUUGACAGUGCAUAUGAACAAGAGUGGACACUACCAAGAUGACAACCAUAGCAGACAAGGAAUUGCCUCCACUUCAUCUUCCAAAAGUCGGAAGAGGAAUCUUCAAGAUAUGGAAGGCAAGGAGGAUGCACAGAAAGUGCUGAAAUGCAUGUUUUGUGGCCAUUCUUUUGACUCUCUCCAGGACCUAAGUGUCCACAUGAUUAAAACAAAACAUUACCAGAAAGUGCCUUUGAAAGAACCUAUUCCAGUAAUCACUCCUAAAUUAGUUCCACCAGCAAAGAAGCGUGCCUUUGAAUCUACAAGGCCUUGUUCCCCUGACUCCACCACUGGUACUAUGGGCUACAGUGAAGCCCAAAAGUUAUCUGCUCUUACAAACGCCCCAAACAACCGAUAUGGCUAUCAGAAUGGUGCUAGCUACACGUGGCAGUUUGAAACAUGCAAAUCCCAGAUCCUGAAGUGCAUGGAAUGUGGAAGCUCACAUGAUACUCUUCAGCAGCUGACCACUCAUAUGAUGGUAACUGGUCAUUUCAUCAAAGUGACAAAUUCAGCAUCCAAGAAGGGUAAACAAUUAACUCUUGAUCCAUUAGCGCUAGAGAAGAUGCAGACACUAGCAGAACCCACUGUUAAUGAAUCUGAGGGGCAGAAGGCCUCUCCAAAAAGUACUGCCUCUGGGGAUUCGCAGAAAUCUUCUCCAAAGGAAAAGAAGCCUGACCAAGAAGAAGAGCGAAAUAAAAAUGACCAGCAAGAUGGGGCAGAUCAAAAGGGAAUUGAUGCUAGUUUCAAAUAUCCAUACCUGCGAGAAGAGGACCUUGAGCAAGGAGCCAGUGAAGGGGGUGAUAUACUGAAAUCUUUAGCCAACACAGUGGCCACAGCAAUUAAUAAGGCUCAGACGGGGACACCAAGCUGGAGUGCUUACCCCAGCAUACAUGCGGCUUACCAGCUAUCAGGCAUAAUAAAGAACGCCCCUCUUUCUGCCUCGCCCCCCAUACAGGUUAAACAGAGUCAUAGCCACAGAUUAAGGCUCAUUGCCCCCAAAGGAAAGUUUUACCAGGGACUUCGAGGACACGAGAGUUUCCUGGGACAUAACAAUCUGGACAUCAAAAAGGAGAGGAGCAGUGUAUCUGAUGACAAAGAGAGCCAGAAUAGCAAGUUUGAUCUAGCAGAGAAUGAUGACAGUGAUUGUCAAGAUGAUUCCUCUUCCUCUUCAAAGCUGGAUGCAGACUGUGUAAGUGAAGGAAAUGACACGAUCAAAGGGAAGUUGAGCCCAGCUUUCUCUGACACAGCCAACCCUUCACCAAGCCCUCCUGCCAGCAAUGGGCACAGCAGUUCCUCAGACCUUGUCAGCGACUCUCAGGAAGUCCCUACUAUAAACCCUUUAAGUGCACUACAGUCUGUUCUGAACAAUCAUUUGGGGAAGGCAAAUAAGCCAAGGCAAGAGGGGGUUCUGUCACAACGCAUCCAACCCAUAUUCUCAGAACUAAGCCGUGGUCUUGAGAAACCAGCCUCAAUCCUCACAUCCUCUGCUGUCAUCAGGGCCAACAGCAACUUCAUCUUUACAAAUAAUGACCAGCCAAUGGACCUAACAAAAAACAAACAUAACAAACUGACUUCCUCGUUUUCUUCGCAGUCCUCCACUCCUAUGCCUCAGAAACAUGCACUGUCUGAUAUUGCUGACAUGGUAAAGGUUCUUCCCAAAGCCACGACGCCAAAGCCCUCAAUACCAUCUAGAGUGCCUGCGAUGAAACUGGAGUCAGACGUGCGGCGGUUUGAAGAUGUAUCCAGUGAGGUGUAUUCCGUCCACAAACGUAAAGGCAGGCAAUCAAACUGGAACCCUCAGCACUUGUUGAUUCUUCAAGCCCAGUUUGCUUCCAGUCUUUUUCUAACCUCCGAGGGCAAGUAUCUUCUCUCUGACCUUGGUCCUCAGGAACGCAUGCACAUCUCCAAGUUUACUGGACUUUCCAUGACAACCAUCAGCCACUGGCUAGCCAACGUGAAAUACCAACUUAGAAAAACAGGUGGGACCAAAUUUUUAAAGAACAUGGACACGGGUCAUCCAGUCUUCUAUUGCAACGACUGCGCGUCCCAGUUUAGAAUGCCGUCGGCUUUCAUUUCUCAUCUUGAAUCCCAUCUUGGUUUUCAGAUUAAAGACAUGAGCAAACUGCCAGUCGAGCAUCAGACAAAGGUAGCAGAGCCUGAACUGGCGAAAGCCUUUAGUGUUCGAGUGACAGAAGCACUGGUGACGGAGGAAGACAUUGACUCAAAAUUCAAAUGCAAGCUUUGUAGUCGGACAUUUGCCAGCAACCAUGCAGUCAAACUUCACUUGAGUAAAACUCACAGCAAAUCUCCAGAAAAUCAUUCACAAUUUGUUGAAAUGGACAAAGAGUAGCUUGGAUGGUCUUUUCUAUAUGAAGUUUUGAUGUUAAUAACUGUAAUUGCUCUGCUUUUAUAUAUAUAUAUAUAUAUAUAUAUAUAUAUAUAUAUAUAUAUAUAUAUAUAUAUAUAUAUAUAUAUAUAUAUUAACAGGUGAAAUUAUUUUUUUCAUGUAGCAUUAAGUAGUAUGCUCAUAAAUUUAAAAUGAAACAUUUCAUCAUGAGGAAAAAAAGAUGGACACUGGCUGAAUUUGAAGGAAGUGUAAGUGAAUGCAUUGCAAAAAGAUUCGGAAAUGAAUCCAUUCACAUAAGUCUUUGCACUCUGCUCAACUGCAUCACCAGUAAUGAACUGUAUUAUUGCUUGAAACAUAAUUGCAGAUGUUUGCAUGCGGUCGCUCUGGCUAUGACUAUUUAUUUGUAUGAUAUGGCAAGUUUUAAUUGUAAUACUUUUAACAGCAAAUUGAUUGAUACAUUAACUGUAAGCUCUGAUGAUGCACCUGAAUGGACGCACGUUCAGUCGGGUAGCCAAACCCACGUUUCCCAAAAAAAAAAAAAACCUAAAUAAAAAGAAUGAUAAUAAAUGAAAAAAAGUAAAAAGAAAGAAAAACAAUAUGUACAGUACAUUAUUCUGUAAAAUAUUUGUGUUGCAAUGAUAGAACAGAAAAGCACUUUAAUAAAUGUUUAAUCACCAGUUUAGGCUCAGAUUCGGUAUGUGAGUUAACAGAUUUAGACAACUUUGACAUAAAGAUGUCUCACAUCCAUGUAUAUAUAGCACUGCAGAGAAAUGUGUCUCAUCAAAAGGAGGAUAGGAAGACAGAACAUACUGCACCUUUUUAUACCAGUACAAAUAAAUCAUUAACAUUUUUC